CUCUCUCUCUCUCUCUCACACACAAACUCUUUCUUUCUCUCUCUCUCUCUCUGCAACUUCAAGCUCGUUAAUGGCGUCUCAGAUCUGAACAGUUCAAUCGCACCACACUACUUCACUCUACUCAUCACAAAACGACACCGUUUUACCUAGAUUUCGCUGUUGUUUUUCAUUAUGAAGAGAAUGGUGUGUUCGUUCCCUGAGGAAGUGCUGGAGCACGUGUUUUCGUUCAUUCAGGUCGACACUGACCGGAACGCAAUCUCGCUGGUGUGCAAGUCGUGGUACGAGAUCGAACGGUGGUGCAGGAGGAAAGUCUUCGUCGGGAACUGCUACGCGGUCAGCCCGAUGAUUGUCAUCAAGCGCUUCCCGGAGGUGAGAUCCAUCGCGCUCAAAGGGAAGCCGCACUUCGCGGACUUCAAUUUGGUUCCGGAAGGUUGGGGCGGUUACGUGUGCACGUGGAUCGCAGCCAUGUCACGUGCUUUUCCUUGGCUUGAGGAGAUCAGGCUCAAGAGGAUGGUCAUCAGCGACGAGAGCUUGGAGCUCAUCGCUAAAUCCUUCAAGAACUUCAAGGUGCUGGUUCUUACCUCGUGUGAGGGUUUCACUACUGAUGGACUUGCUGCCAUUGCUGCCAAUUGCAGGAAUUUGAGGGAGUUGGACUUGCAGGAAAGUGAGGUGGAGGACCUUAGUGGGCAUUGGCUAAGCCAUUUCCCUGAUUCCUACACAUCAUUAGUUUCACUUAACAUCUCUUGUUUAAGCAAUGAGGUGAGUUUGUCUGCACUAGAGCGCCUGCUUGGUAGGUGUCCCAACAUGAAGACCCUUCGCCUCAAUCGUGCUGUGCCGCUUGACAGAUUACCCAACCUACUUCGCCAGUGUCCUCAGCUGGUUGAGUUAGGGACAGGAGUCUACUCAGCUGAGAUGAGACCAGAUGUGUUCUCAAACCUGGCAGCAGCAUUUUCUGGGUGCAAGCAAUUGAAGAGCUUGUCUGGCUUUUGGGACGUGCUCCCAUCCUACCUUCCAGCUGUUUACCCUGUCUGCUCUGGGCUAACAUCACUAAACUUGAGUUAUGCUACUGUCCAAAGCUCUGAUCUUGUCAAGCUUAUCAGUCAAUGCCCAAGUUUGCAGCGGUUAUGGGUGCUGGAUUUCAUAGAAGAUGCUGGUCUUGAUGUCCUUGCUGCUUCAUGCAAGGAUCUUAGGGAGCUGAGGGUGUUUCCAUCUGAUCCAUUUGGUUUCGAACCAAAUGUUGCAUUGACAGAAAGGGGCCUAGUCUCUGUAUCUGAAGGCUGCCCCAAGCUCCAAUCAGUUUUAUAUUUUUGUCGUCAAUCAGAGAUGGUCUUUGAUAGAAUGAUAUUUAUUGCGCACACAUAAGCAAAAUCAGGUUCCAUAGGAGAUGGUCUUUGAUAAUAUCUAUAUUAACAUAAAUAACAUAGGAAACAUGUUAGCAGUGGCUUUGAACUGCAUUCCAGCAUAGGAGAUGGUCUUUGUCUCCUUGUUAACCGCCACAAUGAUAGUAGCCACCAGAGUGAGUGACAGUGCAAGAAAUCGAAGCAACACAUCGUAAGGCCUUGUCCUUGUUGGCUUCUCCACCACCUUCACAUCACUGUGGACACCGUCCACAUCAGGCUUAGACUGGGUUCCCAUAUUUUUUAUCAAGAUCACUGAGUUUGGUGUUGUUCUUUGAAAUGGAACAGAGGAAAAGGAAGGUUAAACUGAAUUAGUGGAAGAGUGCGGAUCUAGUGUAAUGUAAAGGAACGUUAUGUGUAUUUAUUAUUCAAGAUGGAUAGAUAUAAGGUAGGUAGCUAAGCAUUGGACCAUUAA